AUGUUAGCAGUCCGAAUGUGGAAAGUUUCGCUUGUUUAUCUGUUUGCCAUCUGCCUACCCGUAUCGGCAACCCGUAUGUUUAAAGUGAUACCGACCGUGAAGAGAGUGGACCUUAGGGAUAACCUACAGUAUCUUAACUCUUCCGCCCAAGUCUAUGCUGGGACGGAGAAUAAGGUCGAUUUUUCUAUCGAUCUCAAGAAACCGCUCAUCGAUCCAUGGCUAAACAUUAUGUUGUACAUCGACGUGGGAACUGGUGGGUUAAAAGCUCCGUUGCAAAAUAAAUCCUUCAACUUUUGCAAGUUUCUGCGCAACCCGUCCAUGCACCGUUUCGGUCAGAUACUGCUGCGCGAGGUAAAGCGUCGCGGAAACGCACCGAAAAAAUGCCCGUUCCCGGCGAAGCUGUACCAGUUCCGUGGCAUAUCUAUGGAUGCAUUACGAAUGCCGGGAUUUUUUCCCGAAAACGAUUUCUACAUGGAUCUGUAUGUGGGUGUCGGGAACGAGCUGGUGUACGAUUCGCGUUGGCAUGGAAUGUUGAAAAGAAUUACCUGUAAAGCGAACACACGGUGCUAGACAUUGACGUGCGGAUAAGCAGACUGAAUGGUAUGGCAGUUUUCGGAUUGUGGAAACCUAAGAUAGCACCGAGGCAGGAGUAAGAUUACGACCGUUUUACAGAUGAAAUUAUAAUAAAGCAUCUCAC